AUGCUACAGCUUCCACCUGCCACCCGCCCGGCGAUUCACCCCACUGCCUGCCGGAACUGCCGACGGAGGGGGCGACGAUGCGAUAAGACCUUGCCGACCUGUCUGAGCUGCAAGAACAGGUUGGUGGCAUGCGAAGGCUACGUGACUCGCUGGACCGGGGUGGCAGCACGCGGAAAGUUGGCUGGCAAGUCGAAACCCGUGCUAGACGAUGAGGAGGAAGGGAGGACCAGUCCCGAGCAACCUCGCUGCUCCCGGGCCACAACAUCAACGACCUCGGUGUCGCCACGCCAGCGACAACGACAUCAGAAGCAGCUUGCCGCAAGCCAAAGGCUCGGCAGCCUCAAGACCAUAGGCCAACCCGACUCGCUGCGUGCUGACGGCCUGGACGUCUUCAUCGACUAUUUUGUACAUGAACUGAGCUACAUUCCAUACCUGGGAUCAAACCCGGGCGAAGGACCAUAUCUACGCUAUGUGCGACCCCUCACCAACACCGUCCUGCCUCUGCGCUACGUCGUAGCAGCAUCAGCAUCACUCCAUCUAGCAUCACGACUAUGUGACGAGCCACUGCGAAACCGCAGCCGCGAACUACAGCUGAAGGCGUCGGUACUGUUGCGGCAGAGGCUCACUUCAAAGACCUUUUCGAUGGAUCAUGGAACUGUGUUGACGAUGCUUAUGAUGGCUCAAUUGGAUAUGUGCACAGGUGAUCUCGCCGAGUUCGACAUCCACGUCCCGGCCGCAAAAGCGUUUGUCCGCGCCUAUGGAACAGUCAUGCCCGACAGGAGCUACUGCGAACAGCGGCUAGCAUGGUGGGAUAUCAUGCGAGCCACGACCUCGACCCGACUCUUGACCUUCACCUCGACCGACCUGAAGAAGACCAUCAGUCGAUACCAGUCGCCACACGGCGGCCGCGAAUGGGGCUGCGACGCGUUUGCCUGCCCUGUCGAUCUGGCCGAAUACAUUGCCGACGUGACCAUGCUGUACAAGCUGCAGCCUGCCGACCGACCGUUUGCCGCGGACGUCAUGCAGAGGGCCGCGCUGCUCGCCUCGAGCGUCAGGGCCUGGACACCCACGCAGUCAUACUCCGAGCCCAUGUCGCACGUCGUCGGUGCCUGGCACGCCAGCAUCCUCCUCUACAUCAUCCGGCUGUUCCGACUGCACGAGCAUGAGAACGAGCACGACGAGGCGCACAUGUUCGACGACACCGCCGCUCUGCGUGAUAGUGUCUUUGUGCAUGCGCGGAGCGUGCCCACUCCCAGCGCCUGGAGUAUCGCCAUCCACUGGCCGCUGCUGCAGGCGGGCCUGUGGCUCGAGCAGCCCGACGUCGAUGCCGAGCAGCGAGACUGGCUGCGGACACAUUUCACGCGCAUGAUGCGCCAUGUCGGCUGUAGGCAGUUCACCACGGUCACGCAAUUGCUGGAGUCGGUCUGGGCCAGCAACGAGUAUCAUAAUUCCAUCACGGCCGCAUCGUUGGCAGGUCCUUUGGUCAUAGCCUGA